CCCAUUCCCGCGCUUGUAUAUACAAUCCAAUCCCCCCUCCAAGCACGCCGGGGUUACAAUAAAUCAAAUAAUAAUCGGAUCUCCGAAUUUCCCACUCAUAACCCCGCCAAAAUGCCUCGUUCCAAGCGCGCCCGCGUCGUCCACGAGACCAAGACCGCCAAAAAGUCCCACAAGGAACAGACCAGACGGCUCUAUGCCAAUAUCCGGGAGAGCAUUGAGAACUACGAGCACCUGUUCGUCUUCGGAGUCGACAACAUGCGGAAUACCUACCUGAAGGAUGUGCGCACUGAGUUCGCCGAUAGCCGUCUCUUCUUCGGCAAAACAAAAGUCAUGGCCGUAGCCCUGGGCCACAACCCUGAAUCCGAAGCAGCCACCAACCUGCACAAGCUCGUCCCCUACCUCACCGGCGCCGUCGGUCUCCUCUUCACCUCCCGCGACCCGGAGUCCGUCACUAACUACUUCGACAACUUCCGGCCGCUGGACUUCGCCCGCGCUGGCACCGUCAGCACCCGGUCCUUCAGCAUUCCAAACGGCAUCGUGUACUCGCGUGCAGGCGAGAUCCCCACCUCGCAGGACGAGCCAGUCAGCCACACCAUCGAGCCCGAGCUGCGCAAACUGGGCGUGCCCACCCGUCUCAUCAAGGGCAAGGUUAUGCUUGAGUUGACCGGUGGUCAGAAGUCGUUCCCGAUUUGCAAGGAGGGCGAGGUGCUCGAUUCGCGGCAGACAACGUUGCUGAAAAUGUUUGGUGUUGCGUCGUCUGAGUUCCAUGUUGCGCUCAAGGCGCGCUGGACUCGGAGUACUGGGGAGGUGAAGGUUUUAGAGAACCAGGGUGGUAUGGAGGUUGAUGGGAACUGAGGAUGGGGUGGGGUGAUAGACAAAAAAAAAAAAACGGAAAAGUCUUGAAGUUUUUAAUCUUUUUUUUCUCUCUUGUUACUCUUUCUUUUCUUCGACGAAAUCCCCUGGGCAUUUCUUGGAGUUAGGUUUGGCGCUCGCUCUUCUUUCAAUUCUUUUUGCCGUUUCUUGUUGUGUGUUUUAUUACCCGUUUACUACCUAACGGGUUAUUCAUUGCCGGAUGAGCGUAUGAUGGACAUACAUGAAUACUGAGCUGAAAAUCUACUAUAAAUAACUCCCUUACAGUGUGACUCUAGAAGAGGAUGUUACUGAAUGAUGAAAAAGAAUAUUCCGACCAUUACCUUGAUUUACACUGUACGAAGAUACCUGGUUUCGGUUAUUUUGUUGUUGA